AUGGAGGGCGGGAUUUUCGGCCUGGGGGGUGUAGCUGACAAGUCGGUCACACUUGCAUGGUAUUUCCAGGGCAUCAGCUGCUCACUCUCGCCCGUGCUGGCGAGCGCUGCACAGGUGUUACCCUCCAGCAUCCCAAAGCGGAACGAGGUCAUCGCUGAUCUUUUCCCGUUCAAGGAGAAUCUGAAUAUCACUGGCUUGGCAUUGCGAGUCUCUGUCGGGAGUCACAAGCAGAAGCGUAUCGAGUCCAAGGUGGGCACCGGCUUCCUGGGUAUUUUCCCAGAUCACCUCGCCGGCUUGCUCUUCCUCGUCACUUGCCGACACGUGCUCCCCGACGAGGCCUCCUGCGACAACGCGAUCUGCACUUUCGAGGCAUCAGGGCAACCAGGGCACAGUCUCACUCAAGCUUGGCGACGUGGGCCCCCACGCAGCCUCUCCGAAGACAUCAUGGGUGCUGGCGCUUCCACAGAGGCUGCAGAGGCUUUCAACAAGGCUUCAAUUGCCGACAUUACGGCAGCUUUGGCGGCCUUGUCCACCGAGGAGCUUGCCAAGAUAAAGGAGGCAUCCGCAGGCGCUGCUUCCGCUUCAGAGCAGAAGGAGGCUGGAGCAGAAGCUGCAAAGCCUGAAGAGCCCGCACAGGAUGCCACGAAGCCGGCCGAGUCUGCGACAGAGGAGGGUUCCAAGCCUGUGGAGCCAGCCGCUGCCGAGGAGGGUUCCAAGCCUGUGGAGCCAGCCGCGGCCGAGGAGGGUUCCAAGCCUGUGGAGCCAGCCGCUGCCGAGGCACCCCCCAAAGAAGCACUGGAGGAUGCCGAGUUGAAGCUGAAAUUCCAGGCUGCCUUCAGGGCAAUCGACACAAACAAGUCUGGAUUCAUCGAGGUCAAUGAACUGGAGGCUGUCCUGCAGACCCUCGGAGUCAACCUGACCUCAGAACAGGCUCACACAUCUGUGCCAUUCCAGGAGUCCAUGAUCCAGCCUAGCUAUCUUUCAAAGUCAACGGUUGAGCUGUAG